AUGACUAAAAAGAAUCUUGGCCCUUGUUCAGUUCGUGAUUGUCAAAUAAAUCCAAAGCAAUUUCGUGGAAUCACUGAUUAUGCAUUUAAAAAAGCAAAAGAAAAAGGCACAUUUGGUCAAUAUAGUUACUUAGAAAUCGGAAAGCAAUUAUGCUAUUCUUAUUAUCUUGAGAUAAUUGAACUCGAUCGCCAUAAUGUAAAGAAAUUGCCAACUAAUAAUCUACAGGAUAAUGUUAUUACAAAAUCAUUAUUAUUUGGUAAUAAAAUUGCUUUAAUGACCAAAAAUGCAGAGCCAUUACUAAAAGAAUUUUUUGAUGAAUUAUAUGAUGCAUUUAUUCCAGAAAGACAGUCUGCAUAUAAUAAAAAGAAGAUCGGGUUAUAUCUUGCAGCAUCCGGUACAUCAUGCAAUGCUAUUAAUACAAUGCAUAAAGCUGAUAUGUUGGUUUGCUAUAAAACUGUUGACAAUUAUAGAAAAAAGAUAGUAAGUGAAUAUCCAAAAAAUAUUCAAAACUAUUUUAUUGAAAAAUUACCUACCUCUAAACACUUGAUUCCACUUGAUCUGAGAGUUUCAAAAGGAUCGUUAGGUCCUAAAGAAC